GCCGGUCACGUGCUGCAGGUGGGGAGGGCUGUGGAGAGUGAACCGAAGUGACCUGAGAGCGGGGGGGGGCAGUAUCUGGCCGGGCUGAGGCAACACCGAGACUCCCGGAUCCAGCGGCCGCCGCGGAGCCUCAUAACGACUGUCACACAGUGUGGCCCCCACAGGACAGCCUGCAGACAUGAAGAGCGUCGGUGUGACGGGCGUCUGUAAUGAAAGGACUUCUUCUGACCGGGUCUCUGCCGUCAUCUACCGGCUGGAGCUGAACGGCUCGCUCUGAAAGCUAAUCCCGGAUCUGCGAGUAGAAUGAAGUAUGGGGAGACUUUUCUGUUAGCACCGUACGAGGCGGCCGCCGGGGACCUGCUGAAUCUGAGUAUAGAGACGUCCGGAUACUCCCAGGCCCAGCAUUGGAGCUGUCUCCGUGCGUAAGAAUGCCGGAAAUGACUCAGAACGAGACUCUUACGAAGACGCGGCACAGGAAGAAAAAUAGAGAGAGUCACAAUGAGGUGGAGAGACAUAGGAAGAAAAAGAUAAACUCUGGCAUAAGUCGCAUUGGGGAUCUCAUACCUUGUUCGCCAGCAUUGAAGCAGAGUAAAAAUAUGAUCUUGGAGCAGGCGUUCAAGUACAUCACAGAGCUCAAGAGACAAAACGAUGAGCUCCUUCUUAACGGAGGUGACAAAGAACAAGCUUGUGAGAUAAGACGACUUAGGAAGCAACUGGCAGACAUCCAGAAAGAAAACGCUCGCUACAUAGAACUGCUGAAGAGCAACGAUAUCUGCCUGUACGAUGACCCGACGCUGCAUUGGAAAGGGAAAAUGAGAAAUGCCAAGGCUUCCUUCGUCGUUGCUGAGCCGGUCCAGAAACUUCCCCUCUGCUUGAACGGCACCCAGCUGAGUUCUUCUAACCACGGCCCCGCCAUGCACGGGAUCACGUUUAACGUGGGACAGAAUCUGCAAAAGCAAACGGCGAACGUUGUGCCCGUGCAAAGGACUUGCAGUUUGGUGACGCCCGUUACUGUCUCCGGAGGGUACCCUUUAGGAAAUAAACCCUGGCAGGCAAACGCUGUGAUUGCGACCACGUCCGGGCUGCACCCACCUCUGUGUCUUCCCGUAACUGCCCAAGCUCCGAGCAAUAACGACAUCCCUGCGUCUAAAGGUGAACAGAGCGGUCCUUUUGCAGCAAGUUCCCAAUCUUCUUCUUCUUUCCUCGCUGGUUUUGCAGGCCAGUUACACUGCUCUUCCACCCAAACAUCGCAAGCAGAAAACGGCGCGGCUAAUCUUUCUGGACAACAGCAAGACUUGCCAAGGACUUCUGCGCUGCCCUCUACCAGCUUUCCACCCAGCUCCUCGCUCCUGUCUUCUGAAGUGCCACCGGUCCCUGCGGCUGACAUAAGUUUACAAGAGGCUCAAAACCUUGCGCAAGGACAGAGUUCGGACCCCCCUGGCUGCGUUGAAACUGUGAAAGAUGCUGUAAAAGAAAUGCUCGCAAGCACCAACGCUGAGCCCGUUCCUGUAAUAACCGUCGCGUCCUUAGAAAAUUCACCCCCGGGUGAGUUUCUGACGUCAUCGGCUGUGGUCACGUUGACUGCCGCCCCUCUGGAGAGUAGCUGGUCCCUUUCCAGUUCUUUAUCUGCUUCUGAGCAGAAAAACAUAAGCAGCUUAACCAGGAUCUCCUCCGAUGGAAACACCCAAACCACAUGGACGACGUUGCAGGUGGCAGGGAACACCGUUCAGCCUUUGAGUCAGACGUCCUCCACGGUCAUCCCUAUGCUGUUAACCGACCAACAGACGUUAUCCAAGGAUGUCUUAAAUAGGCAGGCAACGGCUUGCAUAAACUUAAAUAGCUUUCUGGCUUCAGAAGCCAAGCCUGUGGAGCAAGUAAUGGUAAAAAUGCCUUCUUGCCAGCAGGUACCAGUUCAGUCUUUAAUACCCCAACCACAAGCAACGGCAAAUAUUCUUCCGCUUAAUCCUCCGGUGCAAGUCAUUCAGGUGGCGCAGCCUAUCGGCCCUGCGAUCAACCCUGCUCCGGGUAACCAAAACAUCAUAUUCCUUCAGCCUCCGACACCAGCUCCUUGUCCACCUGUCCUACGUGCGGAAGUUUCCAAGCCAGCGAUGGGGCAGCAGAUCGUUAUUAUUCAAGCGCCUACUAACCAAACCCAGCUCCCUGUCAUGUCUGCUCAGCCAGCACCGUCUGUCGUGUUGCCUCUUAAUACAAGCAAUCCUGCAGUCUGUACGUCAAACACCGUGCAGCAUUCUGUCACGCCGCAGACGGUUGGAGGAAAGCACCUUGUUCAUAUAUUACCCAGACCCACGUCUGUACCGUCCAGCACCGUGCAGCCAUGCCCUGUGUCUACGAGCGCGUCGAACCAGCAGACGCCAACAAUUUCUCUGAACGGACAUUUGUUUGCAUUGCAGCCGGUAACUCCUUCAGCCGGUACUUCCAACCAAGCCCCGAUGCAAAUCAUCCAACCGACUACCAGCGAAGAUCCCAACACUAACGUGGCUCUCAACGCCUUUGGUGCUUUGGCCAACCUCAGUCAAAGCAUCUCCCAGAUGGCAGGGCAAAGCUGCGUGCAAUUCUCAGUGAACCCUCCAACGGUUUCUUUAACGGGGGCUUCUGCGCCGGUUAAUUGCAUCUCUGUAGCUGGAGCCGGUGUUUCUGCAGCGACCACCGCUAGCUCACAAGCGUUACCUCUGCCCUCUACUCCUACAAAGCUCCUUCCCGUAAAGCCUGUCGGAGCGACACCAUCGAACAUCAAAGCCAAAAAGGCACCUAAGAAGCCCAGCGUUAAAAAGACAGCUGCCAAGAAAGAGCCUGUUGUGUCCGUUAAAUCCGAUUCUUUGAUCGGGGAAACUUCAAAGCAGCAGCCAAGUUCUGAGAACCCCACGCAGGCAGGAGAUACUGCCGGGCUAGUAACGUCGACUAAUGGUGAACCCGACAAGCUUGAUGCUUCAGGUGGUCAUUCUAAUAACAUGAUGGUUGGUGAAACAGGACCUUUGAUGGUAUUAAACCCCAGCGAGGAAGCCAUCAUGCUUACUGAAGAGCAGUUUUCCACGGAGUUUCCAAGUGCAGAAACGUGCGUAAGCGGAGAAGAACAAAUACCCCAUUCCAAGGCAGCGGAGGUCUUUAAUACUUGCACUCCGACCAGCGAUUCCCCCGUGACACCCGCCGGUAAUCUUGUUCAGGGCUCUGUGGCGGUUGGCUUAUCGCAGGAUCAAACCACCUCGCAGACAGCUGAAGCUUCUGAUGCUGCUGUUCAUAAACCCUGCCUUGCUGAAGCGGAUCCUCCGAGUUUAACGGCUACUCAUCUGCUGGAAGUACAGAUUUUGUCAGAUGAUCCAAAAGAGAGUUCUCCAUCUUCUCUAAAAUUAGACGGUAAGGAAGCUGCCGGCUCGGAGCUGCUAAACAGAAAAGCAAAGUCGAAAGAAAUUCAGUCUACCGAGCAGAUCGGCUCGGAUGUUCUGCUUUUGAACACCUCGAGUGGCCACUCCGCGCAGCCAUGCGUGUCCGAACACGAGGUCGCCGUCAGCAGUGCUUGCGUUAACAGACAGACGGACUCUCCUCUGUCCACAAGCUCCGGGAGUAGCCGGAAUUUUUCGGUGGCAUCUAUGUUGCCGGAUACGAGCAGAGAAGACGUUAUCGUGACAGCGGUGCCUUCGUUUAAUGGUUCUGCGUUUGCGGAACAGAGCGACAUUGUGGCUGUGGCUGCCAGCGUUAUCUUUGACCAAGAAGCCGUGACAAAAGGGAGCGCGAGGCUUCAGACAGAGGCCGGACGCGCGGUUUCAAGGGAUAUCGAGUGUGAAGUUUUAUCGGGCGACUGUAGACACCCGUACAAGUCCCAAUCGACAAAGGAAAACCUUGUUCAAGUUCCGACGGUGGCCAACUGUUUUAACCCUGUUGGUUGCGCGCCUCUUCCCGGUGGCGUUCGGUUGGAGGAGAAAAAUUGUCCCGUGGGAAUCAACAGCGCAAAUCUCUCUCUGCAAAUAUCAACGUCUCUUUCCCAAACCGGCACCAGUCUCAGUAUAAAUAAUUUAAUACAUCAGUCCGAUGUCAACCACUCCGCCACCAGCUGCGCGAAUGUUUCACAGCCGUCUGAUCAAGUUGGCCUUUCUACAGCCUCUAAUACAGGUAGCAACACCUACGAAAACCAGUCCUCGGCGUUGUCUGGUUACUCUCCGGAGCAGCUACAGACCUUACGGGCCACCGUCAUGCAAGUGACCCAGGCCUCGGACUCCCUGUUAAAGCACGACGAGGGUAGGAAAGAGGCCAGCAAGCGCUGCGCCCACGAGGAUGGGUUGCUUUCCGCAGCCAAGCGCCAAAAGCAGUGUCAGCCUCACGCUCGCCACGAAAGCUUACAGGACAGCCUUUCAGAGCAAAACAACAUGUUGGUGUGCCGAGUCCCUACAAAUGCCACCCCAACCGUCUCCUCCAGUAGCCAAAGCCACGUAGAUGGGCUCUCUACCCUCUUCCCACCCAAUAGCUUUGUAAACACAAACCUGAGACAGACGGACAUGCGUUGCAGUUCUCAGCCUGCCGUUUCAGAACAAGGACAGCUGAGCACCCAGCAUCUCCAGCCUUUGCCGCAGCUCACAGCUAACCAGCAGGUAUCCCACUUACAUAACAGCAACCCGUACCUGAAGCAGCAGCAGCAGCAGCAUCAGAGCGGCCUUUUACGAGAGCAGCACCACUUGUAUCAGCAGCACCACGUCGCGCACGCGGACAGCGGUAUCCACUCGCAGUCCCAUAACGUGCAACAGCAAAGACUCAUCCAGCACGACGCGCAGAUGCAAAAGAAGCGGGGGACGGUGCCGAGCGGACAGGCCACGCGGUUGUCUUUACAGCAGAAACAUCAGCUUUCCGACCAAAAUCGACAAAAGGGCGGCCAGCAGCACGGCCACCACCAGCAGAUCCAGCAGCAGAUGGCUCCUCACUUCGGGUCUUCGCAGGUAGAUAAGACCUGUGAAAACAACGGACAGGGCCGGACCCAUCACCCGCAGGCCCUCGUAAACCAGGAAAUCCUUCACCAGCAUCAGCAAGACGUCAGCAACAGACCACAGGGGCCGGUCGUGUCUUCGGAACAUUUGACCGGCCACAGCCAAGUCCAAAGACUCAUGACCUCGAGGUCUUUAGAGCAGCAGAUGGUUUCUCAGGCCAGUAUUGUUUCCAGGCCCACAAACAUGACUUGCGCCCCGCAUAGGCAGGAGAGAAACAGAGUUUCUAGUUAUUCCGCCGAAGCCCUCAUCGGCAAGAGCUCGUCGAGUUCUGAGCAGAGAAUGGGCAUUGCCGCUCAAAGGCUGCCCGACCAGCUUGAAAUGAGAAAGUACAUGGAUGUUUCCCGAAAUAAAAGUCUAUCUGUUCAUAACAUGCAGAGCCGCAUGGCCAUGGACCAUCCUGUGAACGACGGUCAGCAUCUCCCCGAUUGUCAGACGUUUAAGACGGGCAACUCCAACCAACAGCAAUCGGGAGGCUUUGAGGGACAGACCUCAAGAAAUAACGAAGUUAAUCCAGUCUCUUCCAUGAGGGGUAUGCAGUCACAAGCCUAUAGGAUUAGUCAAAAUCCCAAUUCGGCCAUGGAUCGGCAAAAACACUUACCAUAUCAGCCGGUGCAAGAAGUACCGAUCACAAACGCUGUACAGAUCCGGGAGAACGAAAAUUUGUGUCACCAAAGCUUUAUGCAGAGUCUGCUAACCCCGCUCAUCGGAGAGCAGAUCGGCUCGAGUCAGAGAUCCAUACCGGGUCAUCAGCGGUCGCAGUAUAAUCCAUCCUCCGGCAUCGAGUACAGCUGCCCUCCGGCGCGUGACUCUAUCCAUCUCCGAAGAGAUAACGAUGGGCCAGGCCGGGAGAGCUGCGACCUGGCUAUGGGACAGGUGACCUCUAGAAAUAAUUCUUUAAGCAUCCCGUUCUCCUCUUCUUCGGGAGAUAUUCAAGGCAGGAACACGAGCCCCCAUUCCUCGAUGCAGAAGUCAAAUGUCAUGCGGCAGACGGACAGCCACGGGUCAAAGAACCAUUUGAAUAUUCAGGUGUCCAUUAACAUGCACGGAGUGGUUCAUCCAUCCAUACCCCAUCAACCGGGCGCCCAUGGAAACGUUGACCAGCGACAGACCGUUCGACACGGGAAUCCUCCAAUAGCCCAACGCUCGAGGCAUCCUUUACAAGAAGAAGCGGACUCUAAAGCCCGCCAGUCUGAAAGAAAUCGGCCCGGGAACCAAAGACACGGCAAUGUGUUCGAUCCCACCCUCCCCCACCUUCCCCUCGCUGGCCCUGGCAGUAUGAUUAUCGGGCGCCAGCAGUCCAUCAAUGAAAAGAGGACCGGCAUCGUUCGCUUCAUGCCAGACGGCCCUCAAGUAACCAGUGACAACCCCACCGCGGACCAGCACUCGCUGACCCAGAACUUUGGAUUCCCUUUUAUUCCUGAAGGGUCAAUGAACCCGCCAAUAAAUGCGAACCCGUCUUUCAUCCCCCCUGUCACGCAGGCUGCUGCCACCCGCACCCCGGCCUUAAUCCCUGUUGAUCCCCAGAACACCCUUCCAUCCUUCUAUCCUUCUUACUCCCCGGCACAUCCGAGCUUGGCCAACGACAUCACGAUCCCUUACUUCUCCAACCAAAUGUUUCCGAACCCUAGCACAGAAAAACCCAGCGGCGCCGGAUUAAACAACCGCUUUGGAUCCAUCCUGUCUCCUCCGCGGCCCGUCGGCUUCUCGCAGACCACGUUCCCCCUUCUUCCGGACAUGACGCCGAUGCACAUGACUAACCCGUCCCACCUGUCCAACUUCAACCUGACUUCUCUGUUUCCGGAGAUCGCCACGGCCCUCCCGGCAGAGGGCUCAGCCAUGUCUCCACUCCUCUCCAUCUCUCACGCUUCAAACUCGGAAUCUUCUAAGCAGUCGUCUAACCGGCCGGCUCAUAACAUAAGCCAUAUUCUGGGCCACGAUUCCAGCUCCGCUGUAUGAAGUCAUUAAAAAAAACUUUUUUGUUUAGAUCGAGAACGUUCCGUGUUGUCUCUAAAGGUCCGAUUUGCUUGGCUUUCUGUUCAUGGUCUCCGAUA